UUGGGUUGUACUAAAAUUGCCGUUUUAUAAGUUAAUGUUCACUUACUUGAAUGGCCUGUUUACAUGUUUACGAAAGCUAGAAGUGUAUUCUGAACUUUUAAUUUUGACUUUUGUUGCAGCUUAACGAGUCUAAAUCGGGAAACGCCUCUUUAAUCAAAAACGUUUACACUUAGAUUUACCUUUUAAAACAUUCUUAGUUGAUGUUAAAAUAUAGCCUCAAUGUUAGUUGACAGCUCCGGAUAAAUGAGUUAUACUAUCAGUGAUUAUGUUUGUUCAACAGUGUCCCUUAUUAUGGCUGCUGGCAACCAUUGUAAGCAACGGGAAGUCUUUAAGGUCAUCUGCAAUAAAUCCAAUGGCUUUCUGCGGUCAUGCCUGUAUGUUUCUACUGAGAAGAACAUGAAGCAGGUGGAUUUUAUUAAUAAGGAAGAAUUAGAUAAGGACAGAUUCCAGGUGCAUCGCAGAGUACAGAGUCCAGGCAAAACACAGCGCCCGUUGCCUUGCAAGAGGAGGAGUUGUUCAUCGGGGGAGGUGGGCGCAAAGCUGCACCGAAGGUCAUCAAAUGUAGGCCGUCUCCGUGGCCCCGGCAUGGCCAACAAGGAAAAUGAGGUGACAUGCUCCGAUGACGUGCGGGGCGUUCACUCCGGGCCGCCCAUGAACCCUGCUGAGGCUUCCAAGAUGGCAGGGGCCAGCUCCAAGUACGCGGACUUUACCGAGUUAUCAAAGGACCAUGAAGCUAUGACCCACAUUCUCUUUGGAAGAGAUCUCCGACUUAAAGUAGCUCUGACACUAUGGCGAAGAAAUGCCAGCGAGCUGGUAUCCUACCUUAUAAGAAUACAAGACACAGGAGUUCUGCUUGACUGCUUACCUGUCUUAACUAACAACCUUCAAACUGAAGCACCAUGUUUGUCACUUGGCUGCUGUGUUGACCUGCUUCCCCAAGUCAAAGUCAUUCUUUCCAGCAAAUAUGAAGAACACAUAAUGGUGGCUUUACACUGGCUUCAGACCGUCAUCAGGAAAUGGUGGCCUGAACUUUCCAAAGCCGAGAAGAGACUGCAGGACAGUUGUUCAGAGGACAGGAACGUCGAUGUCAUGAAGCAGCGACUGAAGGACUUGUGGAAAGAAGGAUCUCUACUAUGUUUGGUUUCAGGAUCAGUGGGAGAGCUGGCGAAAACCAUUGAAUCUCAUCUCUCUCAACUUCCCUGACAGUUAAUAAAUGUAGCACUCUGAUGCAUGUGACCACUA